AUGGGGUUGGCUGGUGUCAAAACAAGGCAGAAACUCGGGAGAGAUCCCCGAAACACAACAUGGAGUAACGACACGAGUAAAUUCGGAUUCAAGCACAUGGAACGACUAGGAUGGACACCUGGUCAAGGACUUGGAAUGGUUCCUCACGCGACUACCACACAUAUCAGAGUGUCGAUUAAGGACGACAAUACUGGAUUGGGAGCGAAAUUGAGGCGAAAAGACAAAGCUGACGAAUUCGAUAGUGGGGAGUGUGCUGGUCUCGAUGCUUUCCAACGGCUGCUUGGUAGAUUAAAUGGAAAUGAAACCGCUAUUAACGAUGAACUAGACAAGCAAAAUACGGCUAAGAUUGUUAACGGUAAGUGGGGGGUUAGUUUUGUACCAGGGGGAGUGCUGGCUAGUACCUGGGACGCGGAAACUAAAACGUUGAAAUCAAACUAUGAAGUAGACUCCGAGAAGGCUAAAGCGAAAUCCUCAAAGAAGCGUAAGCGGGACCUCGGCAAAGAAGGAAUUGAGAAGCGCAAGAAGAGUAAGAAGGACAAGAAGAGCAAGAAAAAUUCCACAAGGAAGAAGGCCAGCAAAGAAAGCGGCUUGGAGCGGGAAGAUAGGAUAGAGAUGAAGGAAGCCAAGAAGAGCAAGAAGGACAAGAAGGAUAAAAAGGAUAAAAAGGAUAAGCAAUCAAAGAAGGACAAAAAACACAAGGAAAGAAUAAAAUCGGAUCGCAAAUCUGAAUGUGUUACACCCAUCACCCGAGAAUCAAUGCUCAAGCCCAAAGAUUCUGGUGCAGAUGCCAUUGCUUCACGACUUUCAGUGCGUUCUAAAUGGAUCAAACAGAAGCGAGCAGCAGUAAUGGACGCAAAAGCUUUGAACGAGAUUUUCAUGGUUGCAACAUAA